AUGUUUAUGGAGGAAAUUAAUGCAAUUAAGGAUUUUUCAGCUGGCGACUUUCCUAGUGCUAGAGAUUGCGAUUUUUCUCUUUGGGACAAAAGUGGCAUCAUUGAGCUGCUGCUAGAAGAGGCGAAACGUGAAUGUAUCGAGACAAAAUCAUUGUGUCUCAGCACGACUUCAUUAGAAAGUAAUGGGUCGGAGUACAUGUUGUCAAAUCUUGUUGAAUCGGAAGAUACUUUUGGACGGGUUGUGAAGAAAUUAAAGGAACUGGGUCUCAAAAUUCAAGAUUCUGUAGAAAAAGUUGAAGUUGCAGUUCAGAAGAAUGAUAACAAUGAAUAUGGUGAAGAGGAUGAUAUUGACGACGAUGUGGAAAAUGAUAUAAAAGUUAAUGAUCGCCCAGGUGGGGAGAAUUGCUCUAAAGAUAUACUCGAUGAAAAUGAAUCCUCACUGAAAGAGGAAAUUGAAGACGACGAAAGUGUCGACUCCGGAAUUCACGGAAUGUCAUCCUGGGAUCAGGACGCAAACAUACUACCUGAAAUUCCCGGUCCGCGCAAGCAAUGUCAGCUAAACAAUCACACAGUCAGUGCUGCUAUGGUGUGUAGGCCCUGUGAAACAGAUGCACCGCCAAGUAACCAGCUCAACUCACAAGCCCAAAUGCAUUUUGUACGUGCAGCGAAAAUGCAGCAACAGGAAAUCAGUGUGGGGCUUCAUUGUAGCCAGAACAUUUCCAUCGAGGCGGAGGCAGAGGAAGAAGCAAUGGAUAAAACAAGUUUCAUUGGUUUUCUGCUAGACCAGUUGGAGGAAGUAUCAACACGUGUUCAGUGA